CUGUCAUGGUGGCAGUCAUAUGUAGCUCUGCGUGGUACCUGGCUGCUACACUGAUGCAGGCUUCAUGCAGCAGGAGAAAGGGUUCUUGGAGUACAAGUCAAGGCAACAGACUGAUGUCACACAGCCAACGAUAUCAUUUACCCAGAAAGUGCAGCUCUACAGCCCACAAUCGCCAAGGCAACAAGCCAUCAGUGAAGCCAUUGUUCAAGAUUUGAUCAUUGGGUGUUGUCUGCCUAUCUCACUUGUGGAAAAUGGACAUUUUAAACACUUUCUUGAGGUCAUGGAUAGUAAAUACAGACCAAUCUCUAGAAGAACAGUUUCUGAGAGGCGAAUACCAGAGUUGGUAAAGAAGGUCAAGGAAACUGUUUUGGAGAAACUGAAGACCCAGUCGUCUGUGUCAUUAACAACUGACCUCUGGUCUGAUCGCAGGCUACGCUCCUUCCUUGGAGUGACUGCCCAUGUGUGCUACAAAUCAAAGGAUUCCUAUGCACUUGAAUCCUACCUGCUGGACUGUAGGCGUUUUACAGGCAGGCAUACUGGAGAGCAUAUUUCAUCUGCCUUUGAGGAGAUCACAGAGGAAUAUGGGAUUCGUCACAAAAUAAGCUAUAUCAUAACAGACAAUGCCAGCAAUAUGAAAUGUGCUUUUAAAGUACACAUGCCCCAACAGCAAUCUGAUGACAGUGAGAGUGAGGAGGAUAAUCUAGAUAACGAGCACUUGUGGGAGGACAUUAAUUUAGCAGAAGACACAGAAUUACCCUGGUCAUCAGGUGAACGUCUUUCCUGCUUUGCACACUCUCUGCAGUUAGUUGUGAAUGAUGGCAUGAAGCAGGACUGUUCCAGCUGCAAGCAUGACUCGUUGGAACAGUACAUUAAAACAAGUACAGGCCCUCAUAGCUCUGGACCACAAAGCCCUGAACGAAAUGUGCACUAA